AUGGCUGCUGUUAUGAGACCAGAUAACGCCUGGGGCGCACCACCCCCCUACCACCCCACGACAGCAACCCCCCGCGAAGCCCGCCGUGCCCACCGCUCCCCACACCUCAAGAAGUCUGCCAUCCCAGGCCCAGACACCAUCGACCGUCUCGACAACAUUCUCGGCGGCACCCCAUACCACCACGAGGGCCCGUUCGACGCCACACUGCGCGCAAGACAGAUUCCCGGAAGAAGCCCCGUGGAGGCGCUGGCGUGGAGUAAUGCAAAGGCGAUUGCGGCGACGCCGAGAGAGAACAUCAUUGAUUGUCUGGAGAAGCAUAAGCCGUUGCAGGGGACGGCGAGUGUGCCCGUUGGCAUGAGGACCGCUGCGGGACAGGUGAUGGGUGAUUAUGAGGAGGUGGAUCUCAUGGUGGAGAGUGGGUAUCGGAGGUAUCCGGGACUUGACUAUUUGGAUGAAGAUAAGAAGGGAAAGGGAGAGCCUGGAUACACGCUCGAUAAGUUCGAUAAGCAGCAGAAGGCCGCGCGGAAGGCGAGGAAGACGCAGAGCCUGGGACGCAACGAGUAUGAGCCGUAUUCUGACAACAAGACCGCCGGUGUGCACACAUUGGCUGUGCCUGCGACCGCGAGCGGGUAUGAUGGCGCCGGAGUCAGGCGGAACAAGAGCUCUGCCGGGAGGAUGGAAGGUGGAGAGUCGUUUGGGGAUAAGCUGAAGAAGAGGUUCAACUUGAAGAGGAGGUUGAGCUAG